UUGUUCACUGAGCUAGCUGGGCUAGUGUGCUAGUCAGAGGCUACGUGAGAAACCAAAGGAGCUUUAACUGUGUUGUGUGAAUAAACUUGUUUAAAUUUACAAAUAUCAGUUGGAGUCUUUGAAUUCUACCAUGAGCAAGAGGAAAGCGCCGCAGGAAUCCUUAAAUGAAGGAAUAACAGACUUUCUAGUUGAGCUGGCCAACUACGAGAAAAAUGUCAACAGGGCCAUACACAAGUCCAAUGCAUACAGGAAAGCAGCAUCUACCAUUUCUAAAUACCCUAACAAAAUCAAGAAUGGAGAAGAAGCCAAGAAACUGGAUGGUGUGGGAGCUAAAAUAGCAGAAAAGAUUGAUGAAUUCCUUCAGACUGGAAAACUAAGAAAGCUGGAAAAGAUCCGAAAUGAUGACACCAGCUCUUCCAUCAAUUUUCUCACCAGAGUUACUGGCAUUGGCCCUGCUGCUGCCAGAAAGUUUUUUGAAGAUGGGGUGAAGACAUUGGAUGAUUUGAAAAAGAUUGAGCACAAGCUGAAUCAUCAUCAACAGAUUGGUCUCAAGUACUUUGAAGAAUUUGAGAAAAGGAUCCCAAGAGCUGAAAUGGCAAAGAUGGAGGUUCUUAUUCACAGGGAAUUGGAGAAAAUCGAUACAGAAUACAUUGGCACAAUCUGUGGAAGCUACAGGAGAGGUGCAGCAUCAAGUGGUGAUAUUGAUAUUUUACUGACCCACCCAGACUACACGUCUCAAACUGAGAAGCAGGCUAAGCUCCUUCAUGAUGUGGUGGACCAUCUGGUGUCCAUUGGGUUUGUGACAGAUACUCUGUCCAAAGGAGACACCAAGUACAUGGGAGUCUGCCAGCUGCAGCGGAAUGAUGAUGAUGAUGAGGAGGAGGAGGAGGAGGAAGAAUACCUCCACAGGCGUAUUGAUAUUAGGUUGAUUCCCAAGGAUCAGUACUACUGUGGAGUUCUUUACUUCACUGGAAGUGACAUCUUUAAUAAAAACAUGAGGACUCACGCUCUAGAAAAGGGCUUCACUCUGAACGAGUACACCAUCCGGCCACUAGGUGUCACUGGUAUGGCGGGAGAGCCUUUGUUUGUCGAUAGUGAGCGAGACAUAUUUGAAUACAUCCAAUACAAAUACAGAGAACCAAAAGACCGCAGCCAGUGAAGCACGAGACAACUGAUGGAUGCGUCUGUGUUGAAAGUUGAAGAAUAAAUAAGAUUGAAAUAAAUGUGUUACAUGGUUUUAUCCUCCUCACCCCAUUCAUCCUUGAUACUAUGGCGCAAUCAACUGUGAAAGCAUUUUUAAUGACUGUUUUGGACUUUUUCCCCAGAUGUAAAUCAAAAAAGACUUUAAAACUACAAUUAUGAAUGAAUGUGAAGGUGUUUGACGUUGGUUUUUAGGGUUUGUGAAUAAUGCCAAUCUGUAACUUAUUGUACUUGUUUGGUUUUAAAUAUAAUCAAAAGGGAUUAUGAACUUAUAGAAACAGUUUUAUUUUGGAAUGAGUUUUGUUACAUUUUUGUUUAUGAGAUGUUCUUCUGAGCAGUAAUCCUGAACAAUACUGCCUCAGUUCUGCAAAGUUAUUUUGUUUUUGUGUUUAUAGUCCAUACUAGUUCUCCAAUUUGGGAAAAUGAAAUGGAAAAUUGAAAAUACUACAAUAAGGCUACCUGUUGAUGUCCUCAAUUCUUCAUAAUAGACCAACUGGGAACAAAAUGGUCAUUGAAUGCUUGAAACAAAAAGCUUCUUUCUUCUUCAUGGAAAUUGAAUAUGUGCAUGGGUUUGAUGAAACUGUUGUACUUAGUUGUAAGAAAGAAUUGACAGUAGUUAAAACUGAACGUUUACAUCUGUGUCAAACUUGAACAUUAGAGGAUGAGCUGAUUUGUUUUGUGUGUGCAUAAAUGCAAUUAUAUCAUAUUUAAGAAAAAAAAAGGUGUGGUGGUGUUCAUUUUCAACUCUACUUUGUGUAUGAGUCAAAUUAAAUGUUGGUUUAUGUAUAA